GUGGUAAUGUGGCAGUGUUGCAGGUAACAUGAUUUAUAGUUUAUUAUUUUGAUGUACCGCAGAACAUUAUCAAUUAGGUUUGAUGAAAUAAUAUUAUGAUAUUGUAGGCUUGGGCGGUUGAAAGACUUUCUUUGCAUGGUCAUGCUUCACACAGGUUUUUCCCGCGCAUAAUGCGAUGGUUCCCGUAUAAAUCAAGGACCGAAAAAAUUGAACAUAUAUUUAAGACCGGAGAUUUAAAUCUGGAGUGGUAUGUAAGAAAGGAAGAUCGUCAUCGCCCGGAAAUCCGUGCAGCUUUCCACAUGGAUGACGGAGGGAUGAGUGAAGGAUCCUUGGCUGAAGGAUCCAAGGUUGAGAAAGAUGAUGACGAAAGCUCUGAUGAGGGCACAUGGGAAGUAGGUGCCGAGGAGAGAUUGAGGAAAAACAAUGAAGAUCUCAGAGCAUUGAAUGCCAAGAUUGGAGUUCUUACUAGGGAGUUAUUUGAAAUUUGUCAAACUCCAAUCUUUACUGAAGAAGAUGCAUGUGGUACUGAUGAAGAAGUUGCUGGUGGAGUUGAUGAAGCACCUGAAGUUGGAGGUGACGAAGAGGCUGAAGUUGGUCGUGAUUGUAUAUUUAAACAACAAGGUGAUGAUAAUGCAGUUGAUGACCCCCUAGGUGCAUAUACGGAAGUAAGAGGGGAGGAUAAAAUCUCAUGAAGAUGAGAUAGUUUCAAGAAGUCAUGAUAACAUUGUUUGUAUUGAAAUCCAUGAUGAUGGUGAUGAAGAAGAACGAUAGGUCGUACCAUUGGUUAUCCCCCCAUUGCGCAAUUUUGUUGGGGAUCCAAGCACCACUAUUGAUGUAGACCAUUUGUACAGAGCAGUCAGCGUCAGAGAGAUCACUGUAUACAGGUAUUUGCUUUGAAUUGUAGUUGUGGUUGGCGAAUCUCUAUAUUUUGUGAUGGACUAAUAUUUAUAUGUUUAGGGUUGUAUGCGAGAUAAUUGGGCAAACGUUGAGCACGACUUCAUUUUACACUUUGACCCCGAUAAAAUACGUUGAUAACAUGGUUAGUAUUGUGAGUUUUCUUUGUGUUUCAUGUUGUUGUUUAUGUUAGUAAUGUGAAAAUUUUUUAUUGUGUAGGUGGUGUUAUUUGCUUGUACGAUGUUUAUGUACUUUGAGAAAAGGUUGUGUGGUGUUGUUAAGAGGAUUCAUUUUAGUCCAUUAUACUUGGUAAAUAAAAUUUGAUAUUGUAUCAUAUAUUUCAUUGAAGAAAUGAUUUUUGAUUGAUGAUUUUGAAAUUGUCCACAACACCAUAUUCUUACAGAUUAUAGGAAACGUCCACAGAAUCGUCAUGUUUGGACGCUUCAUAACUAUAACAGUUAUCUGCGUUGCGAUCAGUUUGGACUUCGAGACAUUGCCACAGCUGACUUUGUGAGUAACCUUUAAUGUGCAAUAUUUGUCCAGUUUUGGUCGGAAAUGUUUUAUUGAUAUUGUUUUUAUUGUUUGUAGUUGUUUAUGCCAUUUGUCCACGAUGAUCAUUGGUGGUGUUAUUCAGUGAAAUUGAGUUCAUUAGAGAUAUUUGUGAUUGACUCUUUGGGUAAAGGGAUCAGAGACCGGAAAAGGAUAGACACAAUCUGUUGUAAGAUUCCACAUAUUUCAUUGUUGAUGACCCUGUGAUUGUUAGAUAACCCUGUAUUGUUUAGCAUUUUUUUUGUAUUUAUUAACUGGUAGGCUGAAAAUAUGGCACGGUUUUUUUGCCUCUUGAUGAAUAGACCGGAAGGUAGUAUUGGUCCUUUGACUGUUCAACAAGCAAAUAUCCCAUCCCAACCAAACUUGUAAGUUUUUUGAAUUGUACUGCUGUAUUAUAUUGUGUUGUGAUGAAUAUAUGGUGAAAAGUAAUUUUAUGUGGUGGAUAUAUUAUUUCAGACAUGAUUGUGGAGUCAAAAUUUUGAAAGCAACGGAAAUUUGGGAUGGAGACGACAAAUACAACGGAAAAAACAUGCCUCAAUAUACAACUGUAAGUAGCAAUUGUGUGUUUGUUAAAAUUAUUUUAUGUGUUGGUUUCUAAUGGGGAAAAUGUUGGUUUCAAGAGGAGCUGCUUGGGAUUAGAAAGAAAUAUGUAUGUAAAUGGAUCUUGGACAACGAGAACAUAAGACGAAUGGAAGCCCUAGAGCUAUAUGGCAUUCUUUAGGAUUGGUUACACAUGAACAAAUUUGUCUUGUAACACAACAUGUUUAUAUAUGUACAUAAUGUUAGUUGACAAUGUAGACAUUGUUUUUGUAAUAAGAUUAUUGGUUGGACUUUCAAUUUAAUUGUUUUGACGUUGUGUUUGUUAUAAUGAAUAAAUCUUUUAUUGAAAAAAUAACGCACCAUUAUAAUAAGUAUUUCAAAAGUAAGGGAGGGUUUCAUAAGUGAAAUUAAGGGUCAUUACUGCGAGGGAGUUGAACAAGUUCUGAGUUGGGCUGGUGAACAAACUAAAUGGUAAUCGUUUACAGUGGGUUAGUAAACGAUUACGCGACAAUAAUGUGUGUUUUGUACAGAAAUUUGAAUUGAAAUAGUGAAGCAGGGUGACUUUGGUCACCAUUGGCAAAAACUGUUAUUUUGACUCAGAGUUGCACUUGUGUUUGGAAGAUAUUGGUGUUUUAGUGGUCUUAGAGGGUAAUAGGGGAUGUGAGGUGACCCCAAGUAGUGGGGAAGAACCCAUUUUCAGUGGGGGAAACAACUUGGGCAAAGCCUGAGCUAGUCUGCUGAAAAACACACAUUCGUAAUCGUUUACACAGUCCUCGUAAACGAUUACGCGAGAAUAUUCCAAGUAUUGUACAGAAAUUUCAACUGCAAUAGUGAGUCAGGGUAACAUGGGUGACCAUUGUAAAAAACAGUUUGUUGGAGUCACAUGUGCACUUGUAUUUGGAAGAUGUUAGUCAUAAACUGUUGGUAGAUGGUGGUUGGUGAUGUGAUGUGACCCGAAGGAGUGGGGAAUGAGGCAAUGUGAGUGGGGGGACCAAGUUGUGGAAGGGCUGAGUGAGUCUCCUCAAAACACCCUGUUGUAAUCGUUUACAGUGUGUUUGUAAAUGAUUACGCGAUCGAAAUCCAGACUUUGUACAGAAACCCCAACUGAAGUAGUCAGUGAGGGCAACAUAAGUGACCAUUGUCAAAACAUUAUGUUUGACUCAGACGUGCACUUGUGUUUGGAAGUUGUUAGUCUAUGGUUGUUUGUAGAUGGUGCUUGGUGAUGUGAUGUCACACCAAGGAGUGGGGAGUGACCCAUUUUGAGUGGGGGACCAAGUUGUGCAAGGGAUGAAUCAGAGUGGUCCAAAAAUCCUGCUGUAAUCGUUUACACAGUCCUGGUAAACGAUUACGUGAGAGAAAAUCAUGUUUUGUACAGAAACUUCACCUGAAGUAGUCAGUCAGGGUAACACGGGUGACCAUUGUCAAAACCAGUAUGUUUCAGUCAUAUCUGCACUUGUCUUUGGAAGAUGUAUGUGUUUGACUGUUUGUAGAUGGUGCUUGGUGAUGUGAUGUGACUCCAAGUAGUGGGGAGUGACCCAUUUUGAGUGGGGGGACCAAGUUGUGCAACGGAUGAAUCAGAGUGGUCCAAAUACCCUACUGUAAUGGUUUACACAGUUCUGGUAAACGAUUACGUGAGAGAAAAUCAUGUUUUGUACAGAAACUUCAACUGAAGUAGUCAGUCAGGGUAACAUGGGUGAUCAUAGUCAAAACCAGUAUGUUUGACUCACAUUUGCACUGGUGUUUGGAUUAAACCAAUAAACAUGCGACACGUGGCGUUGUAAAAAAAGUGUUAAAAAAUCGUUGUUAGAAUAUCGCAGUCCGUUAGAGAAUUAAUAGCACUCGCAUCACAAGGACAAUGUUUAAUCUGGCUGCCUUGCUUUUUGUUUCCUUUUGUUAACUCUGCUAUCUGUCAAAUUAAAUACGGUCUUCCCACAAUGGCAGUUUCAUAGAUACAGCUUGACCGUGCCAAGGAAUCCACGAAGUCUGCACUCUCUACUUGAACUGGUAGUUUGAAUGAUGUGGAAUUUCUUUCAUUUAAUCCUCCCGCCCCACUGGAAUUAAGAAUACUGUGACUCUUGCAUCAUUGCUUCCUUCUCUAUUAUCUAUCAUGGAUUUCUCUACACGCUUUGUCACAAAUAAAAAGGAGAAUUGUGUUGCUUUUACUUGUCGUUUGCCCAAGACUAACUGUUU